GCCGCCGCCGCGCUGCGCACCGCCCGGUGCCGGCCUGCGCCCCGAGCCCGAGCGGCGGCCACCCCGACUCCCCGGCCCGCGCGGAUGUGAGAUUCCGGGCUCCUGGCGCCUCCCGACCGCCGACUGCCGCGCCGCGCGGCUUCGCCCAAGAGGAGACGGCCAGGCGGGCUGUGCGGCUUGUGGAUUUUUAAAAAUUUGGCUCCGAGGAGGACCAUUUCCUCUCGACAUGCAUCCCUCCGGAUAGACUGAACAUCCCUCGAUCCAUCCCCCGCCCCGCGCGGUCAGAGGCAGGCGCUGGGUGUGCGAAGAGGAUCCGGGUUGAAAUCUGCGCCCCCGGUUCUUGUCCCCGCCCCGUCCCACCUCCCCCUCCCCCUCCCGGAGUCGAAAUUUCCCGGGGAUUAUGUUUCGGAAAGGUAGGUAAGCGCCGGGCGCGGCGCCCGCGUCCCCGCAGCCCGGACCCGGAGAGCCAGCGAGGCGGCGACACAGCCCCCGCGGCUUGCAGCGAAGCCGACAGCUCGUCUCCUCUUCUGGGGGUGCUGCUGGUGGUAGGGGGGGAGAGACUUGCUCCAAACGCGAACGUCCCCCAGCUCUCCCCCCCUCCCUGUUUUCCGUUAGGAGCCCGGCGAGGAAAUACAUGCACUCGCCGAGAAUCGCCCGCGCUAGGGCGCAACGCUACAAGGUGUAGGGAGAGUGUGGGGUGGGGUGAGAGGGGACCCAGGAGACCCCGUGGCUCAGAGCGCCGGGGCGUCGGUUCUUCAUUCCUGCCCUCGGGGCGGACGGAGUGACCCGGCCCCCACUCCCCGCCCCGACCAUGGUAGUGUUCAAUGGCCUUCUUAAGAUCAAAAUCUGCGAGGCAGUGAGCUUGAAGCCCACAGCCUGGUCGCUGCGCCAUGCGGUGGGACCCCGGCCGCAGACUUUCCUUCUUGACCCCUACAUCGCCCUCAACGUGGACGACUCGCGCAUCGGCCAAACGGCCACCAAGCAGAAGACCAAUAGCCCGGCCUGGCACGACGAGUUCGUCACCGAUGUGUGCAAUGGGCGCAAGAUCGAGCUGGCCGUCUUCCACGAUGCCCCCAUCGGCUACGACGACUUCGUGGCCAACUGCACCAUCCAGUUUGAGGAGCUGCUGCAGAACGGGAGCCGGCACUUCGAGGACUGGAUUGAUCUGGAGCCAGAAGGAAGAGUGUAUGUGAUCAUUGAUCUGUCGGGGUCGUCGGGUGAAGCCCCUAAAGACAAUGAAGAGCGAGUGUUCAGGGAGCGUAUGCGGCCCAGGAAGCGGCAGGGGGCCGUCAGACGCAGGGUCCACCAGGUCAACGGCCACAAGUUCAUGGCCACCUACCUUCGGCAGCCCACCUACUGCUCCCACUGCAGAGAUUUUAUCUGGGGUGUCAUAGGAAAGCAGGGAUACCAGUGUCAAGUUUGCACUUGCGUGGUCCACAAGCGAUGCCAUGAGCUCAUAAUUACGAAGUGUGCGGGAUUAAAGAAACAGGAAACUCCCGACGAGGUGGGCUCCCAGCGGUUCAGCGUCAACAUGCCCCACAAGUUUGGUAUCCACAACUACAAGGUCCCCACCUUCUGCGACCACUGUGGGUCCUUGCUCUGGGGCCUCUUACGGCAGGGUUUGCAGUGCAAAGUCUGCAAGAUGAACGUUCACCGACGCUGUGAGACCAACGUAGCUCCCAACUGUGGAGUGGACGCCAGAGGAAUUGCCAAAGUCCUGGCGGACCUAGGCGUCACUCCAGACAAAAUCACCAACAGCGGCCAAAGGAGGAAAAAGCUCAUUGCUGGCGCCGAGUCUCCGCAGCCUGCUUCCGGAAGCUCACCGUCUGAGGAAGAUCGAUCCAAGUCAGCACCCACCUCCCCUUGUGACCAGGAAAUAAAAGAACUUGAAAACAACAUUCGGAAGGCCUUGUCAUUUGACAACCGAGGGGAGGAGCACAGGGCGGCGGCCUGCAGCGAUGGCCACCUGGCGAGCCCCGGCGAGAACGGCGAAGUGCGGCAGGGCCAGGCCAAGCGCUUGGGUCUGGAUGAGUUCACCUUCAUCAAGGUGCUGGGCAAAGGCAGCUUUGGCAAGGUCAUGUUGGCUGAGCUGAAAGGCAAAGAUGAAGUAUAUGCUGUGAAAGUUUUAAAGAAGGAUGUCAUCCUCCAGGAUGAUGAUGUGGACUGCACGAUGACAGAGAAGAGGAUUUUGGCUCUGGCGCGGAAACACCCGUACCUAACCCAACUCUAUUGCUGCUUUCAGACCAAGGACCGCCUCUUUUUUGUCAUGGAGUAUGUCAAUGGUGGAGACCUCAUGUUCCAGAUUCAGCGCUCUCGAAAAUUCGAUGAGCCUCGUUCCCGGUUCUAUGCUGCAGAGGUUACGUCAGCCCUCAUGUUCCUCCACCAACAUGGAGUCAUCUACAGGGAUUUGAAACUGGACAACAUCCUUCUGGAUGCAGAAGGUCACUGCAAGCUAGCUGACUUUGGGAUGUGCAAGGAGGGGAUUCUGAACGGCGUCACAACCACCACAUUCUGUGGAACUCCUGACUACAUCGCACCCGAGAUCCUGCAGGAGUUGGAGUACGGCCCCUCGGUGGACUGGUGGGCCCUGGGGGUGCUGAUGUAUGAAAUGAUGGCUGGGCAGCCCCCGUUCGAGGCCGACAAUGAGGACGACCUGUUUGAGUCCAUCCUCCAUGACGACGUGCUCUACCCCGUCUGGCUCAGCAAGGAGGCCGUCAGCAUCCUGAAAGCCGUGAGUCCUCGCCCUCCCCCUCCCCCUCCCCCUCGUGCCUGCUCCCCUGGCCUCUGUCUUCUCCCUCUGUCCCUGUCACUCCUUUCCCAUCCCAUGAGACCUUUCGCUAUCCCUCUCCGCCCGUCUCUGGCCCACCUCUGCUGCAGCCGAAUGGUAGGCAGUCACAGUGGGGAGCUGAGGCUCGAGUUGCUUUCUGAACUGGACCCUGCGUCCUCCCCUACCACCCGCACCCGUCUUCCUCUGGAGCCUGUGAUGGACAAGAGGGAGGCGAGCACAGUGUAUCUGCAUGCAUGA